AUGGCUGUUCACUUCACAUUAGAAGCAGAUGAGUCUCGCUUAAGAGAAGUCUGUGAGAGUUUCCUUGGACCUCCAACUGGGAUGGUGGAGGAUACACCUUUAGAUCCAAAGAACCUGGCAUGGGAUCCUUAUGUGCUUGGAAUGAGGAAACAUAAACUCUUACGAGAAGAUAUUCUUCCGGCAAUGGCUUCAAAUAGAAAAGUACAGCGAUUGCUUAAUGAAUUCAUGGAUCUCAUUUCCGAAUAUGAAAGCGCUGAAACAAAUCUAGAGAAAAGGUCUCAAACUUCACCAACAGCACGUCCACCAGCAGCUGAUCAAAUGGAAGCUGCUCCAUCUGGGACAAAUCAAAAGGACUCUGUCCCUGCUGCAACAGAUCAAAAGAAGUCUGUUCCUGCUUCAAUUGAUGAAAAGGACUCCUCCCAGUUAGCAGCAGAUAAAGAAAAUUCUGCUCGAGCGGCAGAAGAUACAGUUAUUUCAGAUCCACAAAUGAUCAAUCAAGUUAGUCUUGCUCCACAAGAUGCAGGUUCUUGA